UUAUGUACUAAAAAUAUAUCUUUGUUUAGUGCACCAUGAAAUCAAACGUAAAAACAUACAAGAUUUCAAGAAAAGCUUAAUCAAAAAUAAAAACUCAUAAAUUUUAAUUUUACAUAGUCCUUGACAUCUAUUUCCGGUCAUGCGUCGUAGUGGCGGGCGCCGUAAUUUCCUCCCCCUCCGCCCUUCACCGCGGAGAUUAUCAUCCGUCGUCGUGUAGCAAAAAUUUAAAGAAAUGGCUGCGAGAUUAAUCAGGAAAAUCACCCCGGCGGCUCGAAGCGGUGCGGCGCAGUACAGCACGGGCGUGCGGAGGGUGACUCUGAUCCCCGGCCAUGGCAUCGGUCCCGAGAUCACCGUCGCGGUGCAGAAAAUAUUCGAAGCCGCCAAGUGCCCCAUCGAAUGGGACGAGGUUGACGUGACGGCUGUUAGGGGUCCAGAUGGCAAGUUCGGUAUCCCCCAGAAGGCUAUUGACUCCGUGAAUGAAAACAAGAUUGGCCUGAAGGGCCCUCUCAUGACCCCCGUGGGUAAAGGCUACCGCUCCCUGAACUUGGCCCUACGUAAAGAGUUCGACCUGUACGCCAAUGUCAGGCCUUGCAAGAGCUUGGAUGGCAUCAAGACGCUAUACGACAACGUGGACGUGGUCACCAUCCGAGAGAACACAGAGGGCGAGUAUUCCGGCAUCGAGCACGAAAUCGUGGACGGCGUGGUGCAGUCCAUCAAGCUCAUCACGGAGGAGGCCAGCAAGCGGGUCGCUGAGUUCGCGUUCCAAUUCGCGCGCGAUAACAAGAGGAAGAAGGUCACUGCCGUGCACAAGGCUAACAUCAUGCGUAUGUCUGACGGUCUGUUCCUACGCUGCUGCCGCGACCUGGCCACCAAGUACCCCGACAUCAAGUUCGAGGAGCGCUACCUCGACACCGUCUGCCUCAACAUGGUGCAGGACCCCGCCAAGUUUGACGUGCUUGUGAUGCCCAACUUAUACGGAGACAUCAUGUCAGACAUGUGCUCGGGCCUGAUCGGCGGGCUCGGGCUCACGCCGUCCGGAAAUAUCGGCAAGAACGGCGCGCUCUUCGAGUCUGUGCAUGGAACCGCGCCAGCCAUCGCCGGCCAGGACAAAGCGAACCCUACCGCGCUUCUACUCUCUGCGGUCAUGAUGCUCCGUCACAUGAGGCUCCUCGACCACGCCGGCAACAUUGAGGCUGCCUGCUUCGCCGUCCUCAAAGAGGGAAAAGUCCUCACUGAAGACCUCGGAGGCUCCAGUUCCUGCACGGAGUACACAAAUGAGAUUAUCAAGCAUCUACAAUAAGGAGUAUGAAGUUGUCAUCGGGUGUGAUAGUCAUGCCAAAUGUAGGAAAGGUUCAAUUUUGAUGGCUCAACAGGCUAGUAAGAUGAAAUAUUUAAGAUUACUUCAAAAUAUGGUGGGUAAAUAAUCACUGCCUUGUAUAGAUGAAUGUAGAUAUCGAUUCUGAAAAAUACUCAACGUUUAUCUUUGUUCAUUCAACUGAAAGUAAACUCUUGCAAAUAGUAUAAUCCUUCAUAUAGGACCUAAAUAACAUAUUAGUAACCAGUUUGAAAUAUAAUGUCAAUUACUAUAAUUACUUUUUUUUUGUAAAUGAAUGGAAGGUAAGUUGGCGAGCGAUGACAAUUUCUUGAGAACAACUCCACUGAUGCAACUAGUUAAAUUAAUAGAUCAAAUUGUUGACUAUGAAGUAACAUUUUCGUACCGUAAGCGUUCUUAGAUUUAGCCUUAUUUAUUGUGAUGAACGAUUCGGAUCUGCGCACGAGUGGUAGCCAAAGAUGCGGGACAUCUAUUUAAAUGACUAAUAUUUUAUUUAAAAAUAUUAUUUAAACUCGCCGAUUGCUGUAGAUCAUAGAUAGAUCUGUUAAUGUUUCAUUUUCAUUCUUCAAUUUAUGUUUUUUUCCGAAACUUUGUAUGGACACGCGGAAUAAGUGUGCGUCUGUGGUAUUAUCUAUUAUUCAUUUUUACACUGACUUUUUCUUAUGUGGCAAAAAACCACAUUAUCUUCCAUCAGUAUUAGCUUUUCGUUUUAAUUAGCUUCAGGACAGACGUAAACUUAUCAUAUUUAAAGCAUUUAUGUUACAACUUUCUUCACUGAAAAAAGUUUAAUGAAAAAUGCGAUAAAAAUGGUAAUAUUUCACAAAAGACAUAGUAAAAGACUAUUGUGUAAUGUGAUUGUAGCUUUUAAUAACAUGCCAAAACAACAAAAGUACAUGUAAAGUACAAGUUUUGAGAGAAACAUAAUAUUCUUUGUUGAUAUUUAAUUAUCACAAAUUUUCAAAAAUAUUAAUUCAUCUCUGUCUAGCUAGGUACUUAAUUUUACUUCUUUAUUAAUUGCUUUUUCUUUUUCGCAUUUAUUUACAUUAUAUUUCGGUAUUAUAAAAUACCAUUAGAUCAUGAUUUAGCUUAUAGUUUGUUUGUGAUGUAUUUUUAAUUAGGAAUUAUUUUCAUAACACUCAAUAUUAUUUGAAUAUUUUCAAUCAUUCCAAUUUUCAUUUUAUUUGAGUAUUUUCGUAUACGCGUGCUAGUAACUGUUACCAGUAUUUACCAUUUUUCGUAUGUUUAAAACAGCAUUUUAUUAUUAUGUACUUUUAAUUUAGUUUUGUGUGAUAAUAAGCUUAGUUCCUCAUAUUUUGUGAUUGUAGUAUUUGCUUGAUUUUUUGCAUUUAUCUACCUGAGUAUGUUGACGUGGUAUUUAUUCGUAUUAUUAAGUAUUAAUGUGCCCAGAUUAUUAUCUGACAAUAAAACGUAAUGUAGGAACGCCUUUUAUUUUACACAGUCCAAGUACACAGAACGCUGUAGAACACGAAUUUUUUAUGUUUAUUUUAUGUAAAUAAAUAAAGUCCGAUUAAAUGCAUACGAAAUUGA